GCCCCUGUGACGCUCGCUCUUCCCGAAAUACACCCCGUUUCACCCAGCCGGAAAAGAAACUUUUUAAGAAUUAUCCUUCCCGAGACCGGCGCCAUAAAAACCCCGCCACCCCCAUUUUACCCUCCAUCCCAAUUCUCGGUCGCUGUACAUUGUUGGGAAGCGGAGAGGAAAUCGUCGCCUCCCCCGGCACGAAAGGGGCGUCUUCUCCGAUUCGCUACGCCGCUUGCUUUCAAAACCCUAGCUCUUCGAGGAAGCUUAAUGGUGGGAGGUUAUAUAGGAUGACGAGAGAUUGAAUGGAAUGGUGUCUGUUCUCAUAAAGGAGUAGUUUAACAAAGGAAAAAUAUAAAGAUGGAGGGUCCUGAAACAGAACAACUGCAGCUGAAGAAAAUGGAAGUUAUAAUAUUAGAAGAACAACAAGAGCAGGAGGGUAUGGCCAAGGAAUGUAAAGAGGAGGAACUUUUUGAGGAGGGCCAUAAAAGGGGAAGAGACGUUCAUAUCAAGAAGCAUGAAGAAAAAAAGAACGAUGAGUGUAUAAAGGAGCAUGAAGAAAAAAAGAAGGAUAUAGAAAUGGAAAAACCAUGGAACAGUGAUGAAGAUGUACGAAGCGACUCUUAUGAGAUGUUUGUUGAUGAUUUGGAUAGUGAGCAGGCAUCAACAUCUGACAAUGAUGAUGAAUCAAAUUCCGAGGUGCCUUUAACUGAUGCAGAAGUUGAAGAACUUAUCGCGGAGUUUCUUGAAGUUGAGAGUAAGGCAGCAGAGGCACAAGAGUCACUUGAGAAAGAGUCACUUGCCCGAGUGGAAAGUGAAGUAAGAGCGGAGCUAGCUGAGAAUCUUCAUGGGGAUGCACUGGAAAUGGCUAUUUCAACUGAAAUGAAAACAUUCAGAGAAGAAUGGGAGGCUGUUCUUGAUGAUUUAGAGACUCGAAGUGCUCUCUUGUCGGAACAACUUGAUGGGGCAGGCAUUGAGCUUUCCAGUCUUUACAAAUAUAUUGAAAGUCAAGUUCCUAAUGGGUGUUGUACAGAAGCUUGGAAGAAAAGGGCUCACUGGGUAGGCUCUCAGGUCACAAAUGAAGUUAAUCAAUCAAUUAGAGAAGCUGAAGAAUACCUUCAAUCCUGUCGACCUGUAAGGAGACGACAUGGUCGGCUGUUGGAAGAAGGUGCUAGUGGCUUUCUAGAAAGAACACUAUCCAUCAAAGAUAAGGACAAUCUUGCAGUAAAUUCUGAGAAAGAUUGGAGUAAGUUUGAUGAGCUUAUUCAAUCUCAUGGCUGCUCGGGAAGUACUUCGUUUGGUAGCAAGAAUUGGGCAUCUGUUUACCUUGCCAGUACUCCCCAGCAAGCUGCAGAAUUGGGCCUCAAGUUGCCUGGAGUUGAUGAGGUAGAGGAGAUUGGCGAAAUUGAGGGCAAUAUUAAUGAUCCUCUCUAUGCUGCUGCGAUUGCGAAUGAAAAGGAAAUUGAGCUCUCUGAAGAACAAAGGAGAAAGUAUAGAAAGGUAAGAGAAGAAGAUGAUGUACAAAUAACGAUGAAACUGCAACGUCAUUUGAAGAGAAGGAGAAACAAGAAUAUUCAGGAAUCUAUUGAGAAAGAUGUCCCAGAUGGUUCUUCCUUGUCAAACGAGUGUCCUCAGCCAGUUUCUGAGAAGCCAAGCUUAUCCGAAAAUAGUGUUGCCAAUGUUGAUGGUACCGAUAUUUUUAUUCAAAAUUUGGAAUCUCAAGCUGUUAUUUCUAAUGGAAGUAAAAAUGAAAAGUUGAUGUUUAAUGGCACUUGGAAGCGUUCACAUGAAAAUGAAGAUGCUGCCAUUGACAAUAAAAGGAGUCGAACUGUUAUAAUAGACAGUGAUGAUGAAGUGCAGGAGUUGGACAGCAAAUCUGUUUCUCAUGCACCAAGUAGGGAGCAAGAUUCACCUUCGCAUGUUAGGAAAGAGGUUGACAUUAUAGAUGUUGAUGUCCUACCUUCUCCCUGUCCAAAAGACAUUUCCAGAAAUUUUCGCUGUACUGCAUGUUCUGAUGUAUUGAAAGCUUCUGAAGUGCACAGGCAUCCACUCUUGGAUGUCAUAAUCUGUGGUAACUGCAAAUUUCUGGUGGUGGAGAAAAGGCGACUUGAGGAUCCUGUGUUAGGUGGUUACUGCAGAUGGUGUGGAAAAGGUGAUGAUGUUAUAAAUUGCAACUCAUGUAAGAUUCUAUUCUGUGCUGCAUGUAUAGCCAGGAAUUUUGGUGAAGAGUGCUUAUCAGAAGCUAAAACCUCUGGUUGGCAGUGCUGUUGCUGCUCACCAACUCUGUUGCAUGGAUUUAUUUUAGAUUGUGAAAAAGCCAUUGGAGGUCUUGUGGUUUUUAGCUCUGAUAGUGAUAGUGAUUCAGAGUUAUCCGGUGGUCAAAUGGACGUUACAAUCAGCAAUAGGAAGAGACAAAAAAGGAAGAUUCGGAGAAUCCUAGAUGAUGCGGAACUUGGAGAAGAAACCAAGCAAAAAAUUGCAAUGGAGAAGGCUAGGCAAGAACAUCUGAAAUCAAUGCAAGCUCAAUCAGCUGGCAAAUUAUGUCAUAAGAGUCCAGCAUAUGUUAAUGGAGAUGCAACAGAAGUUGCCAUGGGUGUUGCAGAUGAUGGCUAUAUAGUGAAUGUAGCCAGGGAGGAAGAUGAGGAACCAGUGAGGAUUCCAAGGAGUAUUUCUGCAAAGUUGAAACCCCACCAGGUUGCAGGAAUACGAUUCAUGUGGGAGAAUGUUAUACAGUCUGUCAAAAAGGUCAGAUCUGGGGAUAGAGGUUUUGGGUGCAUAUUAGCCCAUACCAUGGGUCUUGGGAAAACUUUUCAGGUCAUUGCUUUUCUAUACGCUGCUAUGAGAACUUCUGAUUUAGAAUUAAAAACUGCACUUAUAGUUACACCAGUUAAUGUACUUCAUAACUGGCGGCAAGAAUUUGUGAAAUGGAAACCUGAGGAAGGAAAGCCUCUUCGUGUGUACAUGUUGGAAGAUGUUACCAGGGAGAAAAGAGCAUAUUUGCUUUCAAAAUGGAGAAUCAAAGGUGGAGUUCUUCUAAUAGGCUAUGCUGCUUUCCGAAACUUGUCACUUGGAAAGCAUGUGAAGGAUCGGCAUGCGGCCAGUGAAAUUUGCAAUGCCUUGCAUUAUGGACCUGAUAUACUUGUAUGUGAUGAGGCCCAUAUGAUCAAGAAUACAAGAGCUGAUAUCACCCAGGCUUUGAAACAAGUGAAGACACAAAGGAGAAUAGCAUUAACUGGGUCACCCCUGCAGAACAAUUUGAUGGAGUAUUAUUGUAUGGUUGAUUUUGUAAGGGAAGGAUAUCUGGGAAGUAGUCAUGAAUUUCGAAACCGGUUCCAAAACCCCAUAGAAAAUGGGCAGCACACAAAUUCCACUUUGAAUGAUGUAAAGAUUAUGAACCAAAGGUCACAUAUUUUAUAUGAACAGCUUAAAGGAUUUGUCCAGAGGAUGGACAUGAAUGUGGUUAAGAAGGACCUCCCUCCCAAAACUGUUUUUGUCAUCACUGUAAAGCUUUCUCCAUUGCAGAGGAAGUUGUACAAAAAAUUUUUAGAUGUGCAUGGAUUUACAAGUGACAAAGUUUCUUCUGAAAAAACAAUUAGGCGGAGUUGCUUCUUUGCUGGUUAUCAGGCACUGGCUCAGAUAUGGAACCAUCCUGGUCUCUUGCAAAUGGCCAAAGAACAUAGAGAUUCCUUAAGACGAGAAGAUGCUGUUGAGAACUUUCUUGUGGAUGACAGCUCUAGUGAUGAUAACAUGGAAACUGACUUAACAAAUGGAGAGAAGCAGAGGAUGAAAAAUGGUUCCUUGCAUAAGAAAAGUGAUACAAUUUUUUGUCAUGAGGAAAAUGACUGGUGGGAGGAUCUUCUAAAUGAAAAGAUAUACAGGGAAGUUGAUUACAGUGGUAAAAUGGUUUUACUACUUGAUAUCCUCUCCAUGAGUUCUGAGGCUGGUGAUAAGGCAUUAGUGUUUAGCCAAAGCUUGACAACUCUAGAUUUGAUAGAGUUGUUUCUAUCAAAAUUGCCAAGGAAAGGAAGAGAAGGCAAGUAUUGGAAGCAAGGCAAGGAUUGGUAUAGGCUAGAUGGAAGCACACAGUGUGCCGAAAGGCAGAAGCUUGUGGAGAGAUUUAAUGAGCCCACAAAUAGAAGGGUGAAAUGUACACUUAUAUCAACACGGGCUGGAUCCCUGGGCAUCAACCUUCAUGCUGCUAACCGUGUUAUUGUUGUUGAUGGUUCAUGGAAUCCAACCUAUGACCUUCAGGCUAUUUAUCGUGUUUGGAGAUAUGGGCAAAACAAACCUGUCUAUGCUUACCGUUUGAUGGCACAUGGAACCAUGGAAGAAAAGAUAUAUAAACGGCAGGUGACAAAGGAAGGACUCGCUGCAAGGGUGGUGGAUAGACAACAAAUACAUAGAACGAUGUCCAAGGAAGAAAUAUUGCACCUUUUUGACUUUGGUGAAGAUGAAAAUUCUGACAUGCUUGAACAGAAACAAGAAAAUCAAGUCUUACCCAAUCAGUAUAAAACUGGUGAAAUUGGAUACUCAUGGGGACAGAAAUCCUUGCCUCUUUCUCAUGGAGCUUGCUGUACUGACAAGAUCAUGGAAAGCAUCUUUAGCAGACAUUAUCCCCGCUGGAUUGCAAACUACCAUGAACAUGAGACCCUUUUACAAGAGAAUGAAGCAGAGAGACUAUCAAAAGAGGAGCAAGACAUAGCCUGGCAGACUUAUCAAAGAUCAUUGGAGUGGGAAGAGGUCCACAGGACAGUUUUUGAGGAUUCUGAGAGAAAAUUGGUUGCAGAUGACCAUGUCAAGAAAAAACUAGUUGCAGAUGAUGCUCUUCCAGAGAGUAGCGUUCCUCGGCAAACCAAGGGCAGCUCAAGAAGCCGCCCCAUUAACCAAAGGAAGUGUACCAACCUGGCUCAUUUGCUAACAUUGAGAAGCCAAGGCACUAAAUCUGGCUGCAGCACCAUUUGUGGAGAAUGUGCACAGGAGAUAAGCUGGGAGAACCUCAACAGAGAUGGGAGGUCUAGGUGAGGUUGUACCCUGUCCAUAUGUAUGUAUUUUUUUUUUUAUUUUGUAAAUUCAGAGUUGCAUAUAGUGGAGUUUAAUUUUUAAAGGUUCAUUCAUACUUUAGAGACAAAAUUUAAAAGGUGGUUUAAUGAAUGUAGAAUAUGUUAAUAAAUCACAUUCUGGUCUUGACAACAUCAUCUUAACCCUUAAAAGUUUUCCUUGAGAAGUGUCUCCUUUUAGGCAUGCUGCCUACCGUUUCAAAUCAGAGUUUUGAAUCUCAGCAAUGCCUUCAAUCCACUAGAUAUCUGUGCACCGUGAAGAAUUUUGCACCAUCUAUUGUUAUUGGUGCGACCAAUAAUUGGUACUGUUUCUUCACCUCAUUUGGUUUAGUUUUCAUAUAGUUCGUUGUAACACAGACUUGUAAUCAUGUACAGUCCCUUCUCUAUAUAUUUCACCAUCUGCAGCGGGCCUCAUGCUCUUGAACUCAGUUUAGUGGAUGAAUAGAAUGCUUGUUGAGGAACAUAAUUAGACCUUUGUGUAGUCGCAUCAAGUUUAGAAAUGCAUAAUUGUCAGGUUUCCUGCUUGAGGCAUAUGCUUCUUGUAACCACUGAAGAUGGAGAACGGCACGAGUUGUGAUAGCAUUCCAAGGGCUUCUUUUCCAAGAGUUUUGAUUAACCAUUGAAGAUGGAGAAAUGCACUGAUAGAUUGUAUUCUGUUUUGUCUUUUGCCAAUGUUUGUCUAAGUUAAAUCCAAGCAAUCAAUACACAAACAUGUACAUAUAUACUUAUGUAUACUUCUACAGUAUUAUUUCAAAAGCACGUACCUUUGUUUAGAAUG